AUGGCGCCCCGCGAGUACGAGGGCGUUGUCGCCGUGGAGCACGUGGACACGAGAGCGAGGGUCUUCGUGCGGGCCACCGAGGACACCACCAUGGGCGACCUCCGGGAGCGCCUGGGCGAGGUGCUGGGCCUGCCCAAGGGGUCCGUGGUUCGCCUGGUGCAGGAAGUCGCUGGGGGCUACAUGCCCUUCUCCGACAGGGCGGCGCUGGGCGGUCUCCGGUCGCUCAAGUGUGGCGGCACGGUCUGGCGCGGUACCCCCGAGCUCGACGCUGCGGCGUCGCUGGAGUUCCUCGAGGAGCUCCUGAGCAUCGCCGAGGCUUCCCCGCCGCCCGCCACGCUCGCCGGCUUGGAGCGGAUGCUGCCAGACUACGGUCUUGAGCCCUGCGUGGCGGAGCUCCAGGGGCCGCGCCUGGAGGCGCGGCCGUCGAGGGGCCAGCGAGGCACGCCGCUGGAGGACCCCCGCGGCGAGCAGCGGAUCCCCGGAGAGUCGGGCGCCUCGAGAGCCAGCGAGCACCCUGCGCUGCUGCGGCGCGCGCAGGCGCGGGCGGCCGAGGGGCCCGUCUGCGAGGCGGAGCUGUCGCAGCACGGGCCCGCCGUCACCCUCUGCUCCGGGCGCUGCUGGAGCAGCAUCACGUUCUACACGAGCGCCGGGCGGCCCUGCGACCUGUUCGCCGUGGCCCUCUCGUCGCCUCCGUGCGCGAAGCGGGCCGCGGCCGAGGAGUGGGCGGGGCUGAAGGAGCGGCUCCUGCCUGUCUUGGAGUCGACCGCGUUCCUCCUGUUUCGAGAGGCACUCGCGGCGCUGCCGCGUCGCCUCUGCGGCGAGGCCGCGCCAGCGCAGGCGCAGAGCGGAGACGGCGGCGAGCGAGGUCUGAGCAUGCCCUGGGGCAGGCUCGGCCGCGAGGCCUACGGCAGGGCCGACUUCUUCCUGGCAGCGUCGCUGUACUCCCAGGAGCUGGAGGAGCUGCAGCUGGCGGGCGGCCACGAGGGGGAGGAGUCGGUGGCGCUGUCCAACCGCGCCGCCUGCCUCGCAAAGGUCGGGCAUCACGAGGCCGCGCUGGAGGACGCGCGGCGGGCGCGGGACCUCCGCCCCGCGUGGGGCAGGGCGUGGAGCCGCAUCGGCGCCUCGGCAGCCGCGCUGGGGCAGCGGGCUGGAGGAGUCCAGUCCGCGGCCCUCUUGCAGGAGGCCUGCCAGGCUUGCUUCAGGGCCGCCGAGCUGGAGCCCAGCGCAGGCAGCAUCGAGGCGCUGGAGGCCAUGGUGGCCAGGACGGCUGGCGCCGACUCGGAGGCGGCGCACGAGGAGAAGGAGACCGGCAACCGGGCGCUCAGGGCCAACGAGUUGGGCCUGGCAGUGGCCCACUACACGCGCGCCAUCGCCUCCACGCCAGCGCCCCGGGGCGCCACGGACGACUACUCGAUGCUCAGGGCCGUGCUGCGGUCGAACCGCGCGGGCGCGCUGUGCCGCCUGCGCUGCUGGGCCCUGGCGCUGGCGGACGCCAGGCAGGCCGUCGCGUGCAGGGGGGACUGGGCGAAGGCGCACGCCCGACUGGGCACCGCGCUCCUCGGGAGCGGCGAGACGGAGGAGGCCUACGCCGCGUUCGCCAGGUCCCUGGUGCUGGACCCCGGCGGCGACGCGGCGCUGCGGGGGCGGCAGGCGUGCCUCGCCGUGCUGCCGGCCUGGCGGAGCGUGCGCGCGCAGCGGCGCGUGCGGGAGCGCUUCGGCAGGGACCUGUGCAGGCCGAGCGGCAGCUCGAGGGUGUACUUUUUUUCUUCUUCUAUAUCCGACGUCCACUUCGACCACAAGUGCAACGAGGAGUGGGCACACAGCAUCGACGACUUCAGGUUUCAGGAGGACGUCCUGAUAGUGGCUGGCAACGUCUGCGACAGCAGGAACGCCCUCGUGAAGGGGCUCACCACGCUGAGGGCCAAGUUCAGAAGGGUGUUUUACGUGCCAGGUAACCACGAGACCUGGAUCCACCCGUCCGAGACAACCAGGUACCCCGACUCGCUUGCCAAGCUCCUGGCCAUCAUGGAGACAUGCGACGAACUCGACGUCGAUGUAUUCCCCGCGGCCAUCGCCCACGAUGUAUUCAUCGUGCCGCUUUUGUCUUGGUACUCGGCAGAGUUUGACUACGAGGAUCCUUAUCCAUCAUUGGAUGGGGUCGACAAGUAUUCCAAGUGGCCUCUCGAUCCUGACACUCAGCUGUGGAAGUACAUGCUGAAGAUGAACGAGGCGCACUUUGGGCACCCCUACCACGGCACUGUGAUCACGUUCUCUCAUUUUUUGCCGCGUCGGGACUUGCCUUUCAAAAGCCACGGUGACGCGGCCAAGAGCACUGGCUGUACGCAGCUCGACGACCAGAUCCGGAGAUUCAGUGCCAGGAAGCGAAUUCACGUCUACGGCCAUUCGCCGCAGAGUUUUCAUGCGCUCAAAGAUGACAUUUGGUACGUAAACCUGUACCACGGCCAAGAGGCCGGUCACUCCGACAGGUCUCCAAUUUUCCUGAUUCAUGACGGGGAGGACACCGCGAACCGAUGCGUGUACGUCACCACAUCAGACGUGAGGCAGCCUCCUCCUCCUCCUCCUCCUCCUCCCCAUCCAUCUCAGCCUCCGCCGCCGCGUCCCCCUCUUUCCCCCCUUCUCCUCCCUCUCCUCCUCCUCCUUCUCCUCCUCCUCAUCGUCUUUUCCCUCCUCCUCCUCUUCCUUCUCCUCCUUCUCCCCCUCCCCCUCCAAAUACUUAUGGACGCUUUCGAAAGCCUCCCCCUCAGCAUCUUCAGUGCCACCUUCGACAUUCCACUGAGCCUCCGAAGACCUUCCCUUCUCUUCGUUCCUCGCUCCUCCUCCUCCACCUCCUCCUCCUCCUCCUCCUUCUCUUUCUCUUCCUUCCUGGUACUCUUCCUCCUCCUGCUCUAUCCUGUUCCUCCUCCUCCUCCUUCUUCCCCCUCCACGCGUCGGCGCGCGUGGGAGCGCGCGCAGUGA